AUGACGACCACUGCAGUAGCCUCCCAUGACAUGAAUGAGCCGAACGCUUUGCCCAUGGAAUUUAUGCAGCUCCCUUUUGUCCAAGAGCCAACCUUUGUCAGCGUUUCUCCAACGAGUAAAAAAGAAGAGACGCCAGAGUCCAGUGAGAUUGAAGCCGAUCCGGAGAAGCAAGCCAAGUUGAAUCAGUUGAAGUCACCAUCAGAAGCCCAACAAGGCAAUCCAGAGGGAAUCGAAGCAUUCCAACAGCUGAGCCUGGCCGAGAUGGCCGAGACACGUGUGACCUUCGGCAGAACCCAUGUGGGCAAAACCUACGAGGAGCUGUGGAAUCAGGAGAAAGGAUGGAUCAAAUGGUUCUGCAAGACGUAUCAGGACAGCACAAAGGAAGAACACCGCAAGCUGUUGAUCUAUGUCGAGAGGAAGGUGGAGCGUCUCGAACUGGAACACGAACUGCCAACUUUGGAGGCACCAGCAGUCCAACAAGGGAUCGUUCGACCUCGCAGCAAGGCCAUGCCAAAGGCCAAGUCUGCAUCGACUCCUCCGACAGAGACAGUGACGGUGGACGACACGAAUAUCAGCGAGGAGAUCUGGGAACCGUGGGAUGUGACCCUGCCAAUGGAUGGAGCCGAAAUGAUUUCUCAGCAGGAGAACAUUGGAGCUUUGCAGGUACGAGUUCUCAACAUCGAGAACGCCUUGACGGAGAUUCUCACGUUGAUCCGCCCUCCGAACUGA